AUGGGCGCAUUAUUUCAGCCAAUUAAUCAAGUUAAGUUUACUAAUGUUGCUAUAGUUAAAUACAAGCAUAAAGGGAAAAAAUUUGAAAUUGCUUGUUAUAAGAAUAAAAUUAUUGAUUGGAGAGAUGGAGUUGAGUUGAAUAUAGAUGAUGUUCUUCAAUCUCAUUUAAUUUUUACAAAUAUAUCGAAAGGGGAAAUAGCCAAAAAGUCAGAAUUAAAUUCUUGUUUUAAUUCCGAUAACAAUUAUGAAAUAUGUAAAACCAUUUUGGAGAAAGGAACUUUGCAAAUAAGUAAUAAGGAAAGAAGUAUUUUAAAAGAAAAAGUUUACAAGGAUAUGAUUGAAAUUUUACAUGAAAUGAGUGUAAAUCCACAAACGGGGUAUCCUCUUUCAACUAAUAUGAUUGAAAGUAUGGUUAAAAACAUUGGUUAUAGUAUAAAUAUUGACGAUAGUGCAAAAAAGCAAGCCCUAAAAGUUUUUGAUAUUUUAAGUAAAGAAUAUGAUAAUGUAAUUCAAAGAGCUUUUAUGAGAAUACAAAUUAUUUGUCAUGAUUUUAUAAAAGACGAUGUAAUAAAAUUUCUAAAUAGUCAUAAUGUUAUUAUUGAAGAACAAAAAUUAACUAACACCAUUAAAAGAGAAGACAAUAUAAAAAACAAAUGUAAUCAAAUAUAUGAUUAUAAUAAUAACAUAGAAAAAAAUAAAGAACAAGUAGAUGAUGAAUAUGGAGACGAUAAAGAAGAAUAUAAAAGAAAUAUAAAUUAUUUAGAACAAAUUAAAAAUGUUGAAGAAAAUAAUAAAUAUGAAAAUAAAAAAGAUAUAAAUGAUUCACAUCAAAUAAGUAUGGAUAAAAAUAACAAAGAUGAAUAUAAAAAUUAUACUAGUAGUGUCAUUCAGAAUAAUUGUGUGAAUAAAAACGAGGAAAACGAUUUAAAAAAAAAUAAUAAUUUUAUAAACGAUAUAUCUAAAAAUGAUCAAAAUAUAUAUGAUAAGGAUACAGUAGAUAUAUAUUCUAUAAUGGAAAAUCAUAUCAGUGAAAAUAAAGAAUACCGAUAUCUAUCAAAUAAAGAUGAAAAAGAAAGCAUCAAUUUUUUAGAUAGUAAAUAUUUGGAAGAAAAGAAUAAUAUAAAAAAUGAAAUAUGUAUUGAAACCAAUGAAAUUUUAAUGAAUGAAUCUUUCAAUGAUGAUUUAAAAAGAAAGCAAAAAAAAAAAGAUAAACUUGAAAGAGAAAAAAAAGGAAAGAAUAUGGAAACAUAUAAAAUAGUUUUAUUAUGUUAUCCUUAUGUAUAUAGAUAUAUUGAUGAUUUCACAAAAAAACAUAAAAAAGAUUGCUCCAGUAAAAUUUUAAGUAAUAAUGUUAAAAUUGCCACAAUGAAUCAAAAAAAAAUUAAUAGCACAGAAAAUUCUGUAACAAAAUCUAUUGAUAUUAAAGAUAGAAUAGAAAGUAAAUCUAAUAAAAAUAAAAAAGAAAAAAAAAAAGGCAAAAAAAAAAAUAAUAAUAACAAUGAUAGCGAAGAUGAAGAUGAAGAUGAAAAAAAAAAUAAAUACAAAGAAAAAAUAUUUGAAAAUAAUAAUGAUGGUAAUGUAGAAAAUUUAUCUUCUGAGAAUUUAAGGAAAUCAUUAAAUGAUCAAACAAAUUCUUUGGAUGUAAUAAUGUGUACAAGCUGUUUGACAAAAAUUGAAAAGUGUAAUUAUAAACUGCAUUGCAGAAGUGAUUUUCAUGUGUACAAUGUCAAAAGAAAAUAUAAGAAAUUACCACCUAUUACACUUGAGCAAUAUAAAGAAAUAGAUUUUGAUGUUUCCCAUUUUCACGUAGAUAUGUGA